AUGAAAUUAACAGAAAUAUACAAUCGAAUUUGGAGUACUAGAGCAAGAGAUGGAAUAGAUAAGCAUGUGCCUGCAAGCAAAAAUAAUAGAUGCAGCAGGGCACCCAGAAACAAUCGAAUUCUUAUUUAUAACUGCAUAUUGGUAGUUUUGGCAACAAUGAAAAUAUGCUGCCAGAUGCCUAUUGGGCUAUUAAUGGCAUCACACAAUAUUAAGAUUAAAAUGCUUGAAGCAAAUCCUACGCAGAAAUGCCUAGCAAUAGAUUGCUCUGGUCCUUUAAACUUAAUCAGAGGAUUCUUACUAAGCCAGCCAAAUGUAGUAUCUGAGCUGGAAAAAAAAUUAGCAUUAUUUGAGGAUAUAGUGUCAAUUAAUGCGCCGGCCACACCAGUAAUAGGGGGCGGUCCAUCAAAUAAUGAAUCUAUGAGAGAGUACAUUCGAAAAUACAAGAGGGUAUACAAUAUUCUAUUCCCAUACAAAUUACUGAAAGCUAGUGACUCCCCAGACAUGUCUAAUAAUGCUUAUAGCGGCACUCCUUCAGAUAGCAGCUACCUAAGUACUUUUAUUCGCUAUAAUGAUUUUAAAUUUCCCCUUUUAGCUUCUCUUUUCUGCUUAGCAGAAGGUGCUGGCCCAUAUAUAAAGAUUGUCAGCAGAAACCCCGAUUGUCUGUCAGAUCAUAGUGAAUAUGGCUCAGCUCAUCUGCAUAACAUGCUAGAUGUUUCUUUUCUAUACGCCAAUAAUGUCCAGAUAGCUCAGUUCUACGGCCCAAACAAAAUGAUACUUUGUUUAAACAACAUGGCACCUCCAUUUAUUUACGAGGUAAUAGACUUCUUUAACAAUGCCGCUCAAUAUGAUCAGCUUGAUUUUGAUGAGGUUCUGAGAAAUAGCCCUUCCUUAGACAAAAGCUCUUUAGAAGCCAUGAGGUAUAUGUUUAGUCCACAGUGCCUCAUUCAGAUGUUUAUUUACGAUCAUUUUAAGGAUCUUAUUACCCUUACAGCCUUCUAUAAUGAAGUAAACAAAAUAUUUGUUUUAAUACAGCGUUUAUAUAGUAAUGUAAACUUAGGCGAAGCCAGAAACAUCUUUAAGGAGGUGCCGGGUUCUGCACCCUUUAUUGAGCUUUCACCAACUGAAGUGGGCAUGGGCUAUCCUAAUAUAUUCUCAGCAAUUCAGACUGUGUUUUCGUUCAAUGAGCCAAUUCCCUUCUCAUGCAUGAAAGAAAGAUGGUUCAAUUAUUUGUUCAAUAACUUUGAGGCACUGACUAAUAAUAUGGGACAUAGCACUAGCUUAACCCAAAUAAGCAAAACUCUAUUCGUUCUCUUUGGGUGCUUUCUAUAUAACCCGGAAAUGAAUAAUAUGAAUGCAGAGAUCGAUAGUUAUACACCCUUUUCACGAUAUAAUUUGCUUAAAGAUGUUUUCAAUCGCUCAACAAGCGCUGAAAUUAUAUCUGGGUGGGCAUGGCGGUAUAAUACUUGUAUUAGAGAAGGAGGCUUUUCUAGUAUAAAAAAGUAUGGGCUCUUUACUAUUUUAGAUGUAUGGUUUGCUUUUAUGAAUAUUCUGGGUGUGGAUGGAAGAGUUUGUUUAAACAGUUUUAUAGAUAUUUUACAGUCUGAAAAAAUAGAAAUUGCUACAUAUACUGACAUUUUAGGCAGCUGGCUCCAAAACACGUUCAAUUGGUCGUCAGUAGGCUGCGAAAAUAGAGUAUUAGAAGUCAAAAUAUCUAACGUAUCCCGGGAAAUGAAAGAUGAUAGGUACUUCGAUCUUUUUUGCACACUUAGUCUGAAAUACUCUUAUAACAAUGUAGAGAGUCAGAUAACCUUGAAUAUAUGCCCAGAUAAGACAACCAUCAUAAUUGAGCCAAGCAAAUUGCCGAUAAAAGAUAAAGACAAAGAAACAUUAUUGACGUACAUUAAUUCUUACAUGAAUUAUGAUCCCAAUAUUUUAAACAAUUUGUUUCGAUUAUAUCUGAACGACAUAAUUUUUACUGAUACUAAGAAAUUGACAUUUAUUACAAAUAGACAGGAAGACAUUAUGUCUGCAUAG